CUUGCAGGAACGAGCAAUGAAUAUAUUAACACUGGCAGAAAAUCUUUUGGAAGGAAAGAUAAAUCAUGCAAAGGCGAGGAUCUCAAAAAAUACUUUCAAAUUGAUCUUGCAGAUGUCAAAAAUUUGAAAGGUUGUGUAUAUUUCUUGAUGAAGGAGUACAACAAAUCACAAAAUUGUCACGAAACUGCAUACAAUCUUGUAUUGAAGUUAACUGGGAACCAGCUCCAUAAGAACCUAACGGAGUACCGUAGCAAUGUAGCUUCCUGUUUACAUCAGUCAGCACUGGAUGCUAACGACCCAAUUCAGAGGGAUGUACUGUUCCAGAAGGCUUUACAAUAUUAUGAUAUGUCAGUACGAAACAAUAAGCAAAUCAAAUGUGAAAUGAUGCCAAGUCAGGCAGGAACUUUGCGGAACAGGGCUGAGAUCUAUUAUAAACAGGACCGGCUAGAGAAUGCUUUAGAAGAUGGGAAACAUGUACUGAAAAUUGUCCGCAGUUUGUACGUAGCUCCACAUAUAGAGAUAACUCUGGCCAUUGAAAGACUAGCACACUACCACUUUAAACUAGGGAAGAAGAAACAGAAGGAUUUGGAUGAAGAAGGCCAGACUCAUCUCGAGAAGGCUAUGGAAUUUUACGAUGAGGUAUUGAUGCAUAUUACAAAUGGUGGAUUACCUUUAGAAAAUAAUGAUGCCAGGACUUACAGACAUGUCAGAGAAAAUCACAUGAAAGUGAUGAGGUUACUGAGGUAUGAAGGGCGAUUAGUGGAAAAUAGACUUCGGCAGUACCAGGGUUUUGAAGAGGGAAAAUACAAUAAAAAAAUUCACCAUAAUCUUCAGCAUGAUCUAGACUUUGACCCUGCAGAAUUUCUCAAAAAAGCCAUUGCAGAGGGUGCAAAAUUUGUACCCCACAAAAUGGACGAUUCUGAUGAUGAAUCAAGUGAAUCAAGCUGCAGUGAAGCUAGCCAUGUAAGUAGCAGUAGUAGCAGCAAGAGAAGUUCUGAACGUGCACAAAGUCCAAAUAGAAUGAUGGACGUUGAUCAAGUCAUUGCACUAAAAAGACAAGAUAGUGGUUUAGAGGAAGCUGAGAUGAGUGAUGAAGAGGUAGAAGACCCACAAAAAGAGCUAACUGAUAUGGAAGUGGAUAAAAGAGGUGUGAAACCAUCAAAAGUAGAUAAUGAUCAUGAUGCUGCUAGUAAAAGGGAAAGUUUCGGUAAAAGAUCCUCAGGGCAUGUUAGUAGUGAAUUACCAGGUGUUCCUGAAGUAGAUGAAGGUACAGGAGAAAUACAAAUGAUUGAAUUACGAGAACCAUCCUUGUCCAGAUCUUUUGAUUCGGGUAGGGAGUCCUGCACCAGUUCAUUAUCUGCAUCAAGCUUUGAUUCCCACAGAAAGUCUUCAUUAAGUUAUGAAGAUUCACGGAGAGUGUCAAGGUUGUCAUCAAGUUUUGAAAUGCGAAAACGUCUUGAUACAUGGUCGAGCACAGGAUCUGAGGAUUGCGUGUUUUCUGGGGGGCCAAAAAAGCGGGAAAGAUUUUCACACUCAGGGUCACAGGAUAGUGUUACAUUUCAAAUAGACAGGAUGCUUUGUCUUAGUGAUGAAGAGAAAGAUGAUGAUGAUGAGUGUGGAGUGAAAUCAAAUAAAAGGAAGAAAACAGAGGACAAUUAGAUGUUGACCACUCAAAGAUUUUUGUACAGAAUAAUAACAGGAAAAUAUAAUAAUGGAUUUCAAGGAAAUUGUUUUUCUUAAUGAUAAAUGAAUAGGUGUUGAUUGAUCCAGAUAAAGUUGUGGAAUUGCUUAUGGUGUUUAGACUCUGUAAAAAGCACUGGUACAUGUAUCUGUUAUGUUAUGUCUAGUUAUGACUUUAACACUUGUUAUUUUUUUGUGUAAUAUAUGUUUAGAAUUGUCAUUGAACAUUUCAGAUAAAUAUGUUUUAGUUAUGUAUAUUGGAAGCUUUCUGAAUCUCCUUAUUUUUUUUUUAAGAAUUUUAAUAUUCGUAGUAUGUUUUUUAUUGUAAUAUACAUGUCUAAUUGUGUAUCUUAACAAAUCUUUUAACUACAAAGAAAUGGAUCCACCAAUAGUUUUGAAAAUGCUAAGUUGAUAAAAACAUGAUACACGUAUGUGAAUAGGUGGCAAUACUGGGAUUUUCCAUUCCAGAAAUUUUUCUGUCUCAUGUCAGAUCUCAGCCUGCUCAAUAUAAGCUUUUUAUAGAAAUACAUGUACUCUGGAACUUGCUAAACUUUUAAAGUUAUAACUUGGUAAUAUACAUGUAUAUCAAUGAUAAGGGCAAUGGGUUGAUCAAGCCAAUAUGAGUGCACAGUGAAGCUUCAACACUAAUAGAUUGUACCACAGGAUAAGAUGGGAAAAACCCACAUUGGCAGAUAGGAUGGGAAAAAACCCACAUUUGCAGAUAAGAUGGGGAAAAACCCACAUUUGCAGUUCCAGAUAUCAUAAGUAUCUUGAAAUAAUAAGUGUACUGGUAUGUCUGGUUAAUGAACAUACUUUGUGAUUAAUAUUAUGGAUUUUAUUUUAUCUCGGAUUAUAUUUUUGUGACAGAACUAAUCACAACAAGACCAAGUUAAAGCUAUAUGGCUCCAGAUGAGUAAAAUAUUAAUUUUAUAACUUUUUAAAUAUUGUUAAAUGUAUGAAAAAAAUCACAGUUCACACAACGCUCCAAAUGUUAUGAUAAAAAAAAUAUGUAUAUAGGGCUAAGUUUAUUUCUGUGUUUUACAGUAUCUUACAAGUAAUUUACACAAUUUUAUUUUAUCAACUUGUAUAAUUGGUAUUAUAUUUACUGUUAUUGUUGAUUAAUGUGCCAUAAUAUUUUUUUUUAUAUAUUUACAAGUCCUGUAUUAGUGCUAUUCUAUUUUUGCAAAGAAAAGUUGUGGGGUAAUCUUAGAUAUUAACAUUUCAAUUUACUUUGAUAUUUUUCAUUCAUAAUUCUGUAAAUGUCCUUUAAAUGAAUACACUAGGCAGUCAUAGGGAAAAAACUUUUAUUCUUAUGGAAAAUAAAAUGAUGGUUUCCUAACUUGACCCACGUGGGUCAGGUUAGAGCGUUAAGAUUUCACAAUAGUUGUCACAGUGAAUUCUGGAAAUGUUCAAGAACAGACAUGUCAAAUGAAUGAUAUAGAUUUGUUUCAAUAAUACAAUAUCCUAAAUAUCUGUUAUUGUAACUUUCAUGGUUUGUUCAAGUCACUUGAAUAGUAUUAAAAUUACUUGGUGAUUUUGUUGGUGUCUAAAUUUCCUUCAACAUUUAAAGAUAUAUUUACGCUUCAAACUCAAAAUAUAUAGAAUUUAUACAUAAAUUUAUGCUGGGACUUAAACAAAAGUCAUUUUAGGGUGAUUUGAGUACAUAAGGUGAUUUUGAUAUAUUUGUCAUUAAUUAGCCCGAGUAUCCCUUUAAGCACUUUGUAGUACUUAUUCCACAUUAAAUGUUUACAAGUUUUUUCAGGUAAAUUUAUAUUUUUGACAGCUAGUCUCCUACAAUCACUUUUCACAUUUGUUUUACGCUAAGUCAUUUCAAUCAUCAAAUUAUAUAUUUUUUUCUCACUUUUAAAUGAAUUGCGGUUUCCAUUUCUUUGCUCACAAUUUUUUAUCUAUGCAGAAAAGGACUUGAAUGAUCCCUUUUAACUAUUUGAACUCAAUUUGAGCCGCGUCACGACAAAACCAACGUAAUGCGUUUGUGACCAGCAUGUAUCCAGACCAGCAUGCGCAUCCGCCGUUCUGAUCAGGAUCCAUGCUGUUCGCUUACAGUUUCUUUACUUAUAAUAGGGUUGUUAGCGAACAGCAUGGAUUCUGAUCAGACUGCGCAGGCUGGUCUGGAUCCAUGCUGGUCGCAAACGUAUUACGUUGGUUUUGUCGUGAUGCGGCUCAUUUGUUUGAAACAUUUCCAGGUAAAAGUUAGAUGUAUUUGUUAUCAAACAUAGAUAGUAUACUGAAAAUCAAACUAGUUACAACAUAUGUUAGAUACUGAGCAAUGACAAGAUGGUUUACAUCUUAGAUAAUAGAUUACCAGUAUUUUAUUUGUUGUAGAUGAGGAUUUGUUAUCGGAGAUGUUUUUUUAUCACAUAAACCGCGGCGCAGGAGUGUAAUAAAGCCAUUUAAUAAAAACGAUAUUACACUGGACGAUAUUACACUAGUGUAAUAACACUUUGACGUCACGUCAUUUGCACUAUAUACAUAGCGUAAAAGCGCGCUAAUGUUAGCGUUACACUAUAGGCGAGUCAAAGAAAAAUGACUCUUGUUAACAGUUUACUGUUCUUAUUUUAUAUAUGUGAUAAAUAGAAUAUUAUAUUCGUGUAGAUUCAAUACUAAAUUUAUUGAACUCGUUGAAUAAAACAAUAUUAUGCUCGCCAGAGGCUCGCAUAAUAUCAUGAUUUUAUUAAACUCGUUCAAUAAAUUUAGUAUUAAAUCUACACUCAUUCAAUAUCCUCUAUAUGUUUCAUUUUUUUAGUCAUUUUGUGUGUGUUUAAACUGUAGAACAUAGUAGUAGCAACUUUAUAUUGAAUAUUUUUCAUAAAUAUUACAUUCCAUUUAAAUAUGAAAUUUUUUGUAUUGCUAUGGCCAGUUAUCAUGCAUUUUGGUCAAACUUUUACACUUAUAGCUUAAAACUUGUCUUAUGUCAUUUAAGAAAGUCUCAAACAACGUCAUAAUACAUUAAAAAUCAAUUCAUAUUAAAUCAAAAAUCAUAUUAAUAGAUAUUAUAAUUGAUCUCUGAUCACCCUAUUUUUUACAUAUAGUUAGACUUACAACUACAUUUAUAUUGAUUUAGUUCCAGACAAAGCAGCAUUUUAACUCUGAUCUCGUUAAUUGUUGUUCAAUAUAAGAUUUUUUUAUGUCUUUAUUAUAUAUAUUGUUCUUUACUUGAUGAUUGUCAUAAUGUUUUUGAAGGAUAAUGCUUUUGCUAUGUACAAUUAAUAAUGUUUUUCAAGGGUAAUGCUUUUGCUAUGUGUACAAUUAAUAAUGUUUUUGAAGGGUAAUGCUUUUGCUAUGUACAAUUAAUAAUGUUUUUGUAUUGCAAAGUUGUUGCUAUUUGUAAUGAAUAAUGUUUUUUUAGGGCAAAGUUGUUGAUAUUUGCAAUGAAAAAUGUUUUUGUAGGGCUUGCAAAGUUGUUGCUCUGUAUAAUGAGUAAUGUUUUGGUAGGGCAGGCAAAGUUGUUGCUAUUUGUAAUGAAUAAUAUUUUCAUAGAGCCAAAUUGUUGCUAUGUAUAAUGCAUUAUGUUUUUGACUCGCUUUUGCAUGUGUUCAUGUUUCAUUGAUAAAUAUAUAAUGUAUAUUCAAUGUUAUAUAGUUUUAAGAUAACACAACAAAAAUAUAUCAUACUCAAUAUAUCAUACUCAAUCUCUGACUUGAGAAGUAGGUAUGUACAUGCUCAAUCUCUGACUUUGGUAGUAGGUAUGUACAUACUCAAUCUCUGACUUGGGUUGUAGGUAUGUACAUACUCAAUCUCUGACUUAGGAAGUAGGUAUGUACAUACUCAAUCUCUGACUUAGGUAGUAGGUAUGUACAUACUCAAUCUCUGACUUAGGUAGUAGGUAUGUACAUGCUCAAUCUCUGACUUAGGUAGUAGGUAUGUACAUACUCAAUCUCUGACUUGGGUAGUAGGUAUGUACAUACUCAAUCUCUGACUUGGGUAGUAGGCAUGUACAUGCCUGUUGUAGAAUAGUCAGUAUCUCUUUGAUCUGAACCAUUAUCAUGGCUUAUUUGUUUAUCUCAAUUUUUCGUUGUCCCGACUUUGAAUGUACUGGCGACUUAGAAAUAAACAUGGUUUACUGUAUAAGAAAAAGAUAGAUUUUCUUAAUUUAAUUGAGCUUUAUAUGGUAUAUGUAACAUAGGACAAAAUUUGUUUAAAGGGAAUUUGUCCAUAAUGGAAAGUCUGUGAGACCAUAAAUUAUCAUUUUGAUUAUACAUAUUUAUGCCCCCGCCAUGUAAUGGCCGGGGCAUAUAGUGUUACCCUGUUCCGUCAUUCCGUCCUUGCGUCAUUCUGUCAUUCCGUCAUCAUCAGUUUCCGUUCAUUAUCUUAAGAACGGUUGCACACAUUCAACUCAAAUUUGACAUAUGGAUAUGUCAUGAGAAAAUACAGGUCAAGUUCGAAUUUGGUGAUGGUUCGAUGAUUUUUGGCAGAGUUAUGCCCCUUUUACUUUGAAAAUAAUAUGAAAUUUCAGUUUCCGUUCAUUAUCUCCCCAACGGUACAACACAUUCAACUCAAACUUGACAUAUGGAUAUGUCAUGAGAAAAUACAGGUCAAGUUCGAAUUUGGUCAUUGUUUGAUGAUUUUUGGCAGAGUUAUGCCCCUUUUACUUUGAAAAUAAUAUGAAAUUUUCAGUUUCCGUUCAUUAUCUCCCCAAAGGUACAACACAUUCAACUCAAACUUGACUGAGGAUGUCAUGAAAAAAAAUACAGGUCAAGUUGGAAUUUGGUCAUGGUUCGAUGAUUUUUGGCAGAGUUAUGCCCCUUUUACUUUGAAAACAAUAUGAAAUUUUCAGUUUCCGUUCAUUAUCUCCCCAAAGGUACAACACAUUGAGCUCAAACUUGACAUAUGGAUGCGUCAAAGGAAUGGGCAGGUCAAGUUCAAAUUUGGUCAUGGUUCAAUGAUUUUUGGCAGAGUUAUGCCCCUUUUACUGUGAAAGUAAUAUGAAAUUUUCAGUUUCCGUUUAUUAUCUCCCCAAUGGUACAACACAUUCAACUCAAAUUUGACAUAUGGAUAUGAUUUUGGAAUGCCCAGGCCAAGUUCGAAUUUGGUCAUGGUUCAAUGAUUUUUGGCAGAGUAAUGCCCCUUUCACUUUGAAAAUAAUAUGAAAUUUACAGUUUCUGUUCAUUAUCUACCCAACAGUGUUACAUAUUCAACUUAAAUUUGACAUAUGGAUAUGUCAAAGGAAUGGGCAGGUCAAGUUGGAAUUUGGUCAUGGCUUGAUGAUUUUUUGGCAGAGUUAUGUCCCUUUCACUUUGAAAAUAAUAUAGAUACAUCUUAGGAAUAAGCAGUUUAAGUUUGAAUUUGGUCGUGGUUCAAUGAUUUUAGACAAACUUAUCUUUCCUGAAUGUUGGAAAAAUUUUGAACUUUCAGUUUCAGCACUCAUACUUUUAGCCAUUAUUUUGGCUACAAAUAUGCAAUAUGCUAUUUUUAAAAGGUUAAGACUGAAUAAUUUCAGUGCCUUGAACAUUGUAUGAAAAUGGUUUGUGUUAACAUUGAAAAGUUUUAAGUGCUUUGAACUUAAAAUGAAAAAAAUAAUUAAUGCACCAUCUGAAAUUUUGGCUGCAUGCGAGGGCAUCCGUGGCAUGAUGACACAUUUCUAGUUUUAGGUAGUCUUACUGAAAUGCUUUCCCACCAAAAUGUUCUAACAUCAGUUAAUACUGUAGCAAAGUGGUACAUUAUGGGAACGUUAUUUUUUCAAAAUCUUGGGCCAUAGAUUAUUGACAAUCACUUAUCAUUUAUUGCAAGGUACUAAAUUCCAGUAAUAAGUGGUAAGAAUUAUUGAAUAUUAAAAUCAUGAAAAUUUAUGUUCCGUAAAAGUCCGAUUUAUUAUGAUAUUGGCUGAUUUAAAAAUUUUUUGGUGGCAAAGCAUUACAGUAAGACUACCUGACAACAAAUCAGGAAAGAAUUUCAUAUGAAUGUUGUUUUUAAGUGUAAAGUAGGUUCAUGUACAUGAUCCCAUAUAACUUAUCUACAAGUAAGAGAUAUUAGUUUUUAGCUCGACUUUUCUAUGAAAAGGGGAGCUAUCCUACUCGCCCCGGCGUCGGCGUCGGCGUCACACCUUGGUUAAGUUUUUCGUACCACCCCACUUUAUUUCAGAAGUAUUACAAGUAUGGCUUUGAAACUUACCAUACUUGUUCACCAUCAUAACCUCCAUCUACAGACAAGAGUACAUAACUCUGUCAAGGUUUUUGACAGAAUUAUGGCCCUUUUUUGACUUAGAAAGUGUAUUGAGCUUGGUUAAGUUUUUUGUACCACCUCACUUUAUUUCAAAACCAUUGGAGGUAUUGCUUUGAAACUGACCAUACUUGUUUACCAUCACGACCUUCAUCAACAGACAAGAGGACAUAACUCUGUCAAGGUUUUUGACAGAAUUAUGCCCCUUUUUGACUUAGAAAAUACAUUGAAUAUGGGUAAAAUCCACUUAUUGCCUUAACCUUUGAGAUAUUGCUUUGAAACUUUUAAUGCUAUUUCACAUCAUUACCCCCAUCUGUACGCAAGAGAAGGUAACUCUGUCAAAGAUUUGUUUUAAAAAUUAAGGCCUUUUAUCGACUUAGAAUCUUGGUUAAGUUUUUAGUACCAGUCCACUUUUUGACUGAACUGUUUGAGAUAUUAAUUUGAAAGUUGGAAUACUUGUUUACAAUCAUGAUUCCCAAACAUGUCCAGGAGAAGGUAAUUCUGUCAAAGAUUUUAUUUGAAUUAUGGCCCUUAACUGUCAAUGUUUUGUAUUAUAGGCAAGCACUAAAAAACUUAAAAAAUCUAAAAAAAUUCAUUCCUAUCCACUUGUUCACUUUACCAUAAAUUAUGUCAUAUAAAUUUAUUUAAGGCUCAACUCAGUUUUUUUUUCUUUCUUACCAGCCCUCUUUUGACUUAAACAUUUCAAACUUUGCUGCAGUGUUCAAGGGUAUCACACAAUUCAGUAAAAUAAUUCUUCACUAAAUAUCUUAAUGCUCAUGGCCAUUGUUCACUUUAAAAAUACAGAGAUUCUUGUAUUGCCUUUUACUGUAAAAACUUUUUUUAUUGGCAAGCAAUAAAAAAGUCGAGCGCGCUGUCUUACGGACAGCUCUUGUUUUUUUUAGUUAUAAACCUUCAUACUAAAUCUGAGCACUCUGUCAACAUUUUUUCUUCAAGAAAUCUUUUAUAAAAAAUAUCCAAAUGAUAAAAUUCUAUUGUUUCUAUCAAUAUUUAAAUCAAAUGAGCUGCCUCACGACAAAACCAACAUAAUGGGUUUGCGACCAGCAUGGAUCCAGACCAGCCUGCGUGUCCGCUCAGUCUGAUCAGGAUCCAUGCUGUUCGCUAUCAGUUUCUCUAUUUGUAAUAGGGUUUGUAAGCGAACAGCAUGGAUCCUGGUCGCAAACCAACUAUGUUGGUUUUGUCAUGAUGCAGCUCAUUUAAAUUAUUUAUGAAAAAUGUGUCCAUUGUGGACCAAUCCUCAUUUUUACCCUGUUAUUAAUGCAUUAGGGGCUAUUUAUAGAAGUCUUGUCACAUAAAAAGUACAGGUAGAAAAGAUUUUUAGCAACAUCGGCUAAAUUUAUUUGCUUAUGGAUAAUGAUUUGAACUUCUCACUUUGAAGCCCUAUUAGUUAAUUGUAUCCAUGAUUAGUAUAUUCUGUGUCUGAGCAUAAUUUACCAUUCCAUAUUUGUAAUUUCAUUGAAUAUUAUAUACAUGUACAAUGUUGGCUUCUUGAUUUUUAUAGCAUAAAAAUGCAUAUUUUUAUUAUUGAUUCUUGUUAUUUGUUUACAAAAAUUUAUGCAAUGUGUUUAACAUGACUUGUGCCAUAAUUGUUUUUGUAAUUUUUGUUUUGUUUUUACAGUAUAUACAUUCUAAAAUGCAGUUAUAUUUUUAUGUUGUCAAAAUUUUAUAUGAUGUUAGAAGUAUGUAUGAAUUUAUGCCACUAUCAACUGAUUAUAUGAUGCUAGAGUAGUGACUGACUGAGGUCUUAAAAACAUAAUAGAAACAUUUUCAAUAUGAGAUGUCAUGUUCUUUUUUGGGUAGUUGUUUUUGGAUGAUAGAGAAAAAAAAGAAUAAUUGAUAAAACUGCUAAUUCUAUUUUCAAAAUAAAUAAGGCUUUGGCAUAGUGUUCAUGGGGUUAAAAUUAAGUAUUUUAAUUAAAUUGCUUAUGGUAAUAAUGAAAGGUGAGUUUGUAUUUUGAAAGAUUAUUUAUUUAUAUAGAUUAAUAAUUUUUAGUUCUCACUCAAAGAACUAUUUCCUAAGGGAGGGGGGAGCAGGUUCAUGUGAAGUCCUACACUUCAUUAUGCCAUGUUUAACAUGAAAUGAGUGAAAUAAAGAAUUGAGAAUUGCAAAGCUACUAUAGUUUACACCCCUCAGUCAUUAUGUUUAUUGUAUUUUUUAUGGAACACCAUGAAUAAUAUUUUUCAAAAUUGUACAUAUUUUUGUAAGUUUGUUCUCUGAAUAAUUUUAGUUGUAUCAACUACAUUGUUGUGGACAUGGAUUUGGAUUAUUGUUCUGGGGCCCAUUGCCUCUCAAAUAGUUGAUAUUUUGGAUCAGGCCUUUAGAUAUAGUUCGAUGCACAUGAUGUGAGUGUAAAUUUAUAAAGUUUGAUGCACAUCAUGUCAUGUCAGUGUAAAUUUAUGUAGUUUGAUACACAUUAUUUGAGUGUAAAUUUACAUUGUUUGAUGCACAUUAUUUGAGUGUAAAUUUACAUAGUUAAAUGCACAUCACAUCAUGCCAGUGUGAAUUUAUAUAGUUUGAUUCACAUAAUGUAGGUGUAAAUUUAUAUAGUUUGAUGCACAUCAUGUUACAAAUUGUAUGUCAUUGUGAAUUUACAUAUUUUGAUGCUCUUGAUGUCAGGGGGCGUCCGAGGCCGAGGAAUCGAGGCUGUUAAUUUCAAACCACUUGCCUGUCACCGCUUCGGGUUUGAAUCCCACCAAGGAGUUUGGAUUCUUUCAUGCGAAAAAGCUGUCCAGCUAACUUACUGAAUGUCAGGGGUUCUACUCUGGUGCCCAUUUGUGCCUGAAAUAAUGCACAAGAGGGCACCUGAGGUCUUCCAUUACUAGUAAAUCUGGAAAGUUGUCAUAUGACCUUUAUAAUGUUGAUGCGACAUUAAACCUGACACCAUCCUUCCAAAAAAAAAAAAA